CGGCAGUGUCAAGAAGUUGCCCCUGGCCUCUUCGUUUUUCAUUUCGCCCAAGAUUCGAUUGCAAGGUUUAUUUAUCAAAGUCAGACAGUUUACCUAUCGAUCAAUGGAUAAAUUUACAAAGCAAUUAUAAAAUAAUGUUGUGAGUCAACGCUAACUAGAAGACCGAACGCGGCGAAGAAGGACGUGUGUUUUAUUCACGGAAAACCGACAUUGAUACAGCUUCAUUAACUAUAAAAUGUCUUUUGUUAACAUCAAAAAACAAUAUCUUGCAUUCGGGAUGUUGGUUUUUGUUGUGUUAUUUUUGUUUAAUAGUCGACCAGCUAUUCAAUGUCAGUUUACGCCAGAAGUAUCAACAUUCGUACCUACAAUCUACGGAAUAACUCCGACGUACGCUAGACUUGCUCAAAAAGCCGAUCUUACAAGAUUAUCACAGACAUUGAUGCUUGUGAAGAAUUUUCAUUGGAUUGUAAUUGAGGAUUCUGAGACUAAGACCAGUUUAGUUGAAAACUUGCUUAAGGAAUCAACUCUUAAAUAUACACAUCUCAAUGUGAAAACGCAUAAAUCAAAACAUUCAACCGUAAUGGAUAUCAAUAUAUGUGUUUUUAAAACAGAAACUAUCACGACUAGUUGGUACUGUGCCAGUGGAGUAGAGCAGCGAAAUGUUGCUCUCAAUUGGCUUAGAGGACAUUUAAAAAAUUCUGAUGACAAACGAGGAGCAGUGUAUUUUAUGGAUGACGAUAACACAUAUUCUUUAAAAGUCUUUGAUGAGAUGAGAAAAAUUAAUAAAGUAGGUGUGUGGCCUGUGGGUAUUGUAGGUGGGAUGCGAGUAGAGAUGCCUCUAGUUACAGAUGGCAAGGUCUCUGGUUUCAAUGCAGUAUGGAAACCAUUUAGACCAUUCCCUAUUGAUAUGGCUGGCUUUGCAAUAAACGCUACUCUAUUUUUGCUUCAUCCAGAGGCAAAAUUUUCUAGAAAAGUUCAGUCUGGGUUUCAGGAAAGCGAAAUACUCAAAUAUGUUGCAACGAAAGACGACUUGGAGCCUUUAGCGGAGAAUUGUACAAAGGUAUAUGUAUGGCACACGCGCACACAAAAACCUUCUAUACUUAACCCUAAGAAACUAAAACACCCCCCACUACCUGAUGAUCAUAUUGAAGUAUGAAUUGACAAUAAAAUACUUUCGGACUCAACUGUAUUAAGUAUGAAGCGUUGAUCGCUUUGUCUAAUGAUAAUUAUCUCAACAUGUUAAUGCAGUAAACGUUUAAAAAUCAUUUUAAAUGUCGACGGUAAAUUUUUUACAUUACCAAAAAAAAAAAAUUGCAAUAUUUGUCUAAUAUAGAAGUAAUUUCUGUUUGUAUAAUUAUUGUCCUGCCAUUGCAUUUACGUAAGAUAUCAUUACAAUGAUGAACCAUUUGUAUUCAUUGAUUCCCAGAACAUGUCUAAAUUAUUUGUAUUAUUUGAAAUUAUAAAUUAUUAUUAUUUUUAAUUAAUAGCGGACAGAUAAUAAUUUCCUAUUCAGUAUAGAAUUAUCGAAUUAUUGGAUACUCAAUAUCAUACUUUUACAUAUAGAUGAUUAGAAUUUUAGGUAUAACCUAUUAUAGCAUAGAUAAAAAGUAAAUUUUAUUUUAUUGAAGAUUAGUCUUAUUUAAAUUAUUCUUAUUUAAUUAAAAGUCAUUUAUAUGUCAAAAUUUAUAUAUUUUAAUGAAUAUAUACAUUUUCAUAAUAAGAAAUGCGGUAAUGGGCCUCCUGAUGGUAAUUGGUCACCACCGCAUGUAGACGUUAUUAAGAAAUAAUAACCAAAAUUUAAAUCGCCAAUACGCCUUCGACCGCCAAAAUGUUCUGUCCCUUGUGCCUGUAUUUACACCAGCUCACUCACCCUUCAAACCGGAACAUAACAAUACUCCUUGCUGUUUGGAGGUAGAAUAUCUGAUUAGUGGGUGGUAAUUAAUAGUGUAGUAGUGGGUGGUUAGUAAUGCAAUAGGUGUAAUUUUAUACCAAAUAUGCAUAAUAUUUUUUUUUAUUCCAAUUCAAUCCAGUAUUAUUUUUUGGGUUUCCAUAAAUCUCCAAUUUAUUGUAUCUGCCUGUCUACAAAUCUCAUUAUUUUUUUCCGUUGAAUUUUGUUAUCUGUCAUUUGUCAAAAUUCGCGCCAAUUUUUUAGUCCAAUUGAGAUUUCGUUGUUAUGUAAUUUAUCUUUAUCUGUAUAUUUGUAAUUUGUAAUAAUGACCUCAUAUAAACUCAAUAUUACCAGUGUGUAUUUGAAGAUUAAUUUUAAGAGCAAUAUGGUGACUUUGUUGUGUCUAUGUAUAAUGUACAUUUAAAGUAAUGCUAUUUACUUUAAAAACUUAAUAAUUUUUUAUUGUAUUUUAAAAUUGUAUUAUUUUAGUAAUUUAUAAACGAUCGGUUUUUUCAUUUAUUAUAUUUUAAUUAAAAUAUAUUUUUUGUACUUUAAGUAGGGCAAAGAUUUCGAUGUAAAUGACAAUAUCAAGUAUAUUAAUAACAAUAUAUAAAACUUAUUUGAAGUCAUUUACAUUUAUUGUUCAUUGCAAACAAACUCAAUUUUUUAACAGUUUAUAAUAAUUGACAUAAGAGUAAAUAUGUCUUGGCCAAAAUAAGAUUGUAAAUUCAUUAUAAUAUUGCCGUGUAGCUAUCAAAUAUAUUUGAAUCAAAUUUAUCUUUUAAGUUAUCUACAUACCUGCAUAGCUUUGCCACGCUUAACUGUAUAACCAACUUAGAUAUUUAUAUUAAGUAUUUAAAACAUAUUUUUAAUCAAAAUGUAAUACGAAUUAUCGUUUCUUCGUUUGUCUGUUUUGACCGUUUGCUUAAAACAAACAAAUGAAAAAGUUUUAAAGUCACAAUCUUACAAUUAUGAGUUUUUAGUAUAGCAAUAACUAAGAACGCACUAAGAAUAAUAUUUUACUAACAAAUAAACCUUAAGUUUUCAUAGUAUUAUAAUCAUUACCUUUUACUGUUUUACGUAAUUUAUCGAGGUAUAGUCCUGUGAUUAGUUCGUCGAAUGAUUCGUGAUUUCUACAUGUCUUUUACAUAAUGAUGAACCAGUCUUCCAAAAUCAUUUCGAACAUUCCCCCGUAUUAUUUUAUACCAUUUAGCAAAUGCCUUUAGAAUUAUUUCAUUGUGACGUCAUUAGUCGGACAAUUUUUACGUACACUUAUAUGCAUAUGUUUGUCACAAUCUCGUUAGUUUUAAUAAAUGAAACUGAUCAAAAAUAUUCAAUAUAGUUCUUUGUAGCUUCCUAGUCAAAUAGAAAAUAAUGUUUUUUUUUUUAUAUGUAUGCAUGUUAUCCUGACUUGUAUUCAAAAUUACAAACAAUGAGGCCUAAACUAUGAUGUUAAGAAUUAGUAAUAUUGUAAGACAUUCCAAGUGAGCUUGAUAAUAAAAACAAGACAAUUUAACAAUAAAAGUUUAAAAUAUAGGAUAAUAACAUAUAAAAAACGCAUGUUUCAGCAAUUGCAAGUGAAAUAGAGUUAUUGAAAAUUUUAUAUCCAUUUUUUUAUUAAGGCAUGUUAUAACAUAUACCUUUUUUAUUAAUUUAGUCUGUAGGAGAGCCUAUUUUGUUCGCACCUAGAUGCCACAGAUAAUAAAUAAUUAUUUAAUCUGUAGGAGGUAAGCUUGCAAACCAUGACAUUUAGUUAACAAUUAGGUACCUAUGUAUGUUGGUAGAUUUUUUAUAUUCGGAUUUGUUAUAACCCUCAUAAUAACAAUGCUAGUACCGGGUGCUAGAAUGUUCCAGUUUUCGGAAAUAGAAGUAACUUAAAUAUCCAACAGAAUCAAGCAAGCUAGGCAAAUAAAGGAUAAAAUUUUAUAUAUUAUUUAACUCAAUUUUUUAUAUAUUCAAUUAAAUAAGCAUCUUUAAUAUGCGUUACAUUUUAAAAGGUAUUAAAAUUAAAUAUAUUAUUUUGUAUUGGAUUAAUGUUUUACCAUAUUAUAAGCAAUAUGUAGCUUUAAUAUACGCAUAAUAAUUUUGUAUGUAUUACAUGACGCUCAAAUCAACUUAUCGGUCUAAAAUUAGGUUUAGAUUUUCAUGUACUUAUGUAGUGUUAACCUUAUAGAGCAAAUAACAAUUGAAAUGUGUAACGAACAAACGUUUUGCCUCAUUUUUUAUAUAUAAUAAACAAAAAUCUAUUUUUUUUAAUAUCAUUCUCUUAUAUAUAUUAAUAUAACUAUAACUGUAUUAUCCAAUGAUCUGUAAUAUUAUAUAAGUCGAAAGAAGCAUGGCGUUUGUAAUUUUUAGAUGGUAGAAAUAAUUUGGUGUAAGGCAAACACAAACUGUAUAUAGGUUUCAUUGCUUAGUUUACAUUUACAAUUGAAGAGAAUUGCAAUGACGUUAGUUAGAGGUUGUACAUCGUUUGAAAGAAAGCGUCCCGAAUUUUAGUAUACAAUUCACCAAUCAAGCCGUCUAAAAUUUUUCCACACAAUAAUACUACUGGUUUUUGUCCGACAAUUCCAUCCAAGCUUAAAUUUGACUUUUUUUCUACUUAACGAAUCCUAGACAUCAUAAUUUUACUGUUAUUUCUGACACAUUUCUAAAACAAAAUCUAUGUUUAUUGAUUUAUGUGUUUAAGAGAUAAGUACGAGUACGUGCUAUACAUAGUGAUUGAGAAAUAUAUAGUGCUAAUUUCCAUAUGAUUUAUUUUUGCACUUAUUUAUUUGGCGAGAGAAAAUUAAAUUAUGCAACCUUGUAAUAGUAUUAAUUAUUUUUAUGGCUUUAAUAGUAUCAUAAAUUUAUAUAAAAAAUAAUUACCAAUGUAUAUUUUAAUAUUCAAUACUUAAUUUACUUUAUAAAUGAUAAGCAAUAUUGCUCAUUUCUUUCAAUUGUUAGUAAUUUAAAUACUUUCGGCAAAACUGCCGAGUUGAGCCGCCAUUAAAAUAUACUAGUAAUUAUUUUAUAUAAAUUAUAGUAAAUACAUUUAAAAUUAAUCUAUUCUACAUAGACAUAAAUAAUCAAUAUACUAAUUAAACGCUUUUUCGUUAUAUUACAGCCAUUUAAAUUUUUUUAAAGUAUGUAAUAUUCUAUUUUUACCUUCCCUCUAACUUAUGCUUGAUUAGCACUUGCAUAUUCCGAUACCUGAUUAUAAAGUACUAUUUCAAAUUAUUACUUUGAUUUCUUAUACGCUACAAUGAGUAUUAUAUUCAUGUAUUGCAAAAAGGCUAUUAUUAUAUACUUAGAAGUAUAUUAAAAUGUCAAAUUGAAAGUUCCGAAAAAUAGAAAUUAUGUAAUGAUAUUAUUGUAUUGAUAUAAUUUUGUAAAUAAUGUAUUACAUUGAAAU